UCGGGAGGUCACAGCAGUCACUUUGCUUUUGGCCACAAAACGCACACGAGAUGCCUCGCCAAAUGACGCCGACGCAGAUCGAAGCCCACCGCCGACGCUACCAAAAGUACUAUGCAAACAAGCGCGACCAGAUCUUGGCCAAGGUCCGUGAGCGCUACGCCGAGAACCGCGAGAAGGAGCAGGACCGCCAGCGGGACAAGUACCUCCGUCGAAAGGCCCAGAAGGCGCGGCGAACGGGCGCGCUGAGCCUCAAGUUUAUCCUCAAAGACACCGCGGCGCCCAACCGGCUCAGUGUGCAGUUUCUGUUGAAUUAGCCAAGGAGUCGGAGAGGACGCAUUAUAUUUUUGUCCUCGUGUAUAGUACUAUCGUAACCACGACAUUAGAUAAGUGUGGAAGAAUCAAUUCGUUGUUCAUGCCU